AGAUUUCGUAGUAGCUUAAUAUUAUACAACGCUACAAAAAAUGGGAUCUAGUAACAGCACACUUGCUAAUGUGUCCAAGGAUGAGCCACUACAAAGAUUUGUAGGGACUGAUGGAAUACCACCUAACAGUGAAUAUUGGAGGGAAUUUUUGUCUUCUGUUGGCUCAACAACAAAAAGCAGCUCUCUCAUAGACUUUGAAAAAGCAAAUAAAAGUUUGCUAAAGGAUUUGAAGAAAAAUAACUUUCACUCUCGUAACAUUCCCAAUCUCACGCAAUUUCUUAUAUCAAAGAUGUCAGAAUUAAUAGCCUCACCAGACAUAAUCGAAGACACAGUAUUAAUUGCUCAAAAUGGACUACUUAUUCUACGUUUAUCGGUGAAGUACUUGAUGGAGCACUGCUCUGAAGCCAGAUUUUUCUCUCACUUCUCUGUUAAUUCUCCUGAAGGUCCUCAUUGUUUGUCUGUAAUUGAAUGUUUGUUCCCUGUACUUUUCAGGCUCAUAACUAAUCUGCCUAUCCAAGACAAUACUUACUUGUUGCAUUGCGAAGCUCAUUUGUUGUGUAUAGUGUUACUCUCUAGACAAAUGUAUAAAGAACUAUCGGCUCCUCUACCACAAGUCUACGUUUCUGUUGUCUGGGGAAAGUGUGCAUCUCUUGCUCCUGCUUUAGUUUACCGAUUAUUGUCUAACUUUUCUGAAAAUCGUCCUGUCCCAACACUUUUACAUGGCUUUGAACAAUAUAGUUUAAUAUGGCGUGCGGCGUCGUCUAUUGCAGGUAGUUUAGUUACAAUCGUCACAUUUGGUGGUUACUUUAGUCGCACUGCCAAUAGUUCAACAAAAUCAGAUAUACAGAACAGUCCGCAUGUUGCAGUUGUUGAACCAGUAAAAAAUAAUGUUUCCACAGAUCUUUUAACAUCAGAAUCAACUAUCAAAUCAAACGAACAGUGUCAUCUAUUGUCAAAUGUCAGCUCACUACUUUUAUUGAUACUUACUACUCAGGCUGGAUCUAUUGAGAAGACUGUAUCAACUUAUUCAGAAAAUAAUAUUAAAGAUUCGAAUUCUUUAGGCCGAAAUCCAUAUCGAACAACACUUUUUUCUUUACAAGAUGAAGUUACUCAAAAAAACCAAGUUGAUUCAAUAAUGGAUACAACUCACGUGCUGCCAAAGUCAACCCCUCGAUUACAGCCAGGUGGUGCUACAUUAAAUGGACAUUUAAACAUAGUUACUCAAUCAUCAUCACCACAAAUAAAUUUCACUGCUAUCUGUGAUACAGCAGCUUCGACAUUGUCUCAGGAUAGUAGCCCACUGUUAUUGUACCUUUUAGUUCAUCGAAAUACAAACUUUCAUUCGUUCAUUAUGCAAGAGCGGGGUUAUGAGAAAGUGCUUCCACCAUUAUUAAAUAUUCUAUAUAAAUCCCAAUCACAUAAUUCACAUCUUGUCUACAUGGCAUUAAUUCUGUUGUUGAUAUUUACGGAAAAUGAACAAUUUGGACGCGAUAUUCACACAUCAGAUAUUAAAUGGGUUCAGUGGUCAACAAGUCGUCGACUUUCGAAUGUUUCAUAUGGAAGCUUAACUGUAUUAGUUCUUUGUCGUACCAUUCAAUACCAUUUGAACCAAUUGAAGGACAAAUACCUUCAUGUUAAUAUUUUGGCAACUCUAGCAAACUUAUCCCCCCGAAUUACUAAACUUCAUCCUCAUGCAUGUGAUACACUAGUUGGUUUACUGCAAUUAUUGAUCAAGCGUCAUAAUAAAACGGUGGACAUUUUGCGUAAAAUGUCUGAUGACAACCAAUCACAAUCGGCUGCCGAAAUCACUAAACUUCUAUCAAAUACAUCACUUAUAUCAUCUGAUACACAGGAAGAAAUGGUUCAAGAAUUAGCCUUACUGGAAGAAGUAAUUCGAAUGCUGUUAGAAAUUAUUAAUUCAAUUCUUACACAUACGAUGGUGUCGAAUCCAGAUUUAAUUUAUUCUCUUUUGUAUAGAAGGGAUUCAUUCACAUCACUUCGUUCACAUCCAUCGUUUCAGAAUGUACUACAAAACAUUGAUAUUGUUUUAACUCAUUUUUCAAAGAAAAUUGAAUUAGAAUUAGGACCUCAACCAACUCAACCACAAGCUGUUAUGCAAGUGAUUAUAAAACAUGUUGGUAAUACUCAAAGAAGUUGUAAUCUGAAAGUAAUUUAACAAAUAUUAUCGAUUAUCCUGGUAAAAUUUAUAAUUUUUCACGUUUUUUAAUCUUUGUCUACUUUAAAUAAUAACAAAAUUGAUGACAGGAAGUGAAAAGUAGAAACAGAUGGUUAACAAUAAACGAAAUUCUGGAUUUUUAUACAAUUCACUGUUACCAAUGAAAAUUGCUUUUUCUGAUCACAACUAGUAGUUGCCUAUGUAAUUCAUUGAGUAUCUGUUGUAAAUCUGUCGUAGCUAUACAACUAUCUCAUUUUUAAGAACUUUCGUACAAAUUUAAAUGAUUAGUUUCACAAUAUUUAGGCGCUUAGUUGACGUAAGACAUUAAGGAUAAAGAACAUAUUUGCAAAAUGUCAGCUCAAACUACAGUUGAGCGUCGACGGUGUAUUUAUUUAAUGAGAAAAUGGUUAUAAGAUAGAAAAUAGUAUUAACGGUGGUUUGUUUAUGAAUUCUAUUCACAGUAUUUAAAGCGAAUUUCUUGUAUGAACUAUAUAUUUGCGUGUUAGCAUUAAGUACUUGUAGUAUGUGUUCAGAAUAAAAUCUCGUGUUUCAGAAAUAGACUGUCGAUUAUAUUCGUUUUUUGGUUCUGUGGAACUUUAAAUCCUUUCAUCCACCCAGAUCCCUUAAUAAAUGUAUACAGAGCAAGAAUAACAAGGUUUAAAAAAUAAAAUGAAUUCAUUCUCUUUCACGGUUUUUCAUCAUUUGCAUGCAACCUAAAACUAAGAUUAUUAAUAUAAUUAUUAGCAUAGUUUAUUAGCAUAAUUUAGUGUGUGAAAUUUAAGUAAAUGUUCGGUAUGUUACUAAAAUCAUUUGACCCAAAGUGUAUGAAGAAACAUAGUUAAGAUCAACGUGUAUCACUAUACUGUAAAGUAAUAAUGGAGAGUAGAACAGAUGUUAUAGUUCUUAAUAAUCAUAAUCAAGAUAAUAUAUGUUGUGAAAGUGAUGAAGUUGGUGUCUAGAUAAUUACACAACACGAUAAAAUAAACAAGUAUGUGAAUAUCAUUAAGGUUGUGUGAUAGAUGAAUUUCAGAAGACAAAGGAAUAUUAAAGAUAAAAAGCUUGUGGACAGGGUUGAAUAAACGAACUUCAUAGAAGUUAUAAGAUAAGUAUCCAAUCAUAAUGGCACGGAAAGGUUAAUCACCCUUUCCUGUUGUAUAUAUAGAUCAGGUCAAAAACGUUUGAAAGCGAUUGCCUCAGCCAAACGGAAUAAAAUCGCUGUUUUCUAUUCGUUUAUUAUAUUAGAUCCAUUACCCACAUUCACGUCAUGUCCACUGGGAAUGUGUUCAGAAAACCUAGUAAAGGCUCUUCUCUCUGCCCUUCUUAUAUACUUACUACGGCAGGUACAUGUAAAUUCGUAAAUGUAAUUGGAUAUGACAUCGGGAGGAUAUAGAUGUAUUUUUGAAUGGUGUAAAAAACACUUGGUAUUGUAUAGUGAAACUAAUUAGGCAGCAGGAAGACUUCUUUUCAGUGCCGCCGCAUCUUUUAUCCCCAGUAUAUAGGUGAGAAUUGGAAUUGGUUUCACUUGAUAAUUAGUGAUUCAUAUGCCAUAAAACUUGGUUAUAUCAGUUGUUGUCCACUAACUACUCACAUCAUAGACUUAUAUUAACAUAUAAAGAAAAGUGUAAGUCACCCUCAUAAAGUAAUGACAACUAGUUUCAUGUUUUCCUCCCCUAGCUUACACAUUUUCUUUGUAUUCUACUUUUUGUACCCCAGAAAUUCCCAGAUCUGAAAUUUAAAUAUGUAGAAGAAGAAUCCCCAGAUGAAUUUUUCAUACCAUACGUUUGGUCUGUUGUACGACGCCAGUCAGGCAUACAUUUUAAGUCUGAAUCGCUAUUGUUAUUCUCGGCUGCUCCUCAAAACAUUCAAAAUACAACUGAAAACGACGACAUUAGUGAAGACAAUGAUAGUGUUAUGAAUAAUGGCGAAUCAAAUCAUGAGCAAGUACUGGUAUAACCAUGUCAAACAAGUUUUUUGAACAACCCUCGUUCUAUGAGUGCUUGCUGCUAAUUCUGUUGUUAAAUGUGUUCAGUGUCAUGAUUUUGACGAUAAUGAACUUUUAUGAAAUUUCCUCUUUCAGCUGUCUGUGAUCAAUAUCAUGGUUUCGUUUGAAUUCAGUUCUUUUUUUCUUUUCUUCACUUUCAAUUUUGUUUCUAGUUACACUUAUUGUCUUUUUUUUACAAAUUUUUCAUAUUUUAUUAAAAUAGAAAGUUUUUCCAUAGG